UCCCCGCAGUACUAUAUAAGAACCGACGCUGCAAUCCACAAUUCGCACUUGUGCAGGUCUUCGAGCAACAGCCACUCAGCACAACACAGCAGCCAUGAAAGCCUUCGUUGCCAUUGCUCUCCUAUCCGCUGCCUCACUGGCUUAUGCUGGACCCCGACCCGCUUCGAAGACCGAUGCUGUUGGCAGCUGGCGGUCUUGGUGGAAGUGUGGCUGGUGUGGGUGGACCUGGCAGUGCCUCCGGGGCACUUCCCGGACUAGGCUCAGGAAAUGGACCUAACGCUGCCGGCCCUGUUGGAUUUGGCAGCGGCGCCUCAGGGUUCCCCGCCGUGCCCUCAUUCGGAGCAGGGUUCUCAGGAUCUUCGGCUAGCUUCCCUAGCGCACUUCCCGGAAAUUUUGGUCCUUCCUCUUCUGGUAGUUCUGGAUCUGUUGGAUCUGGCACUGGAUUUGUGGGACGACCUAGCUCAUCAUUCUCUUUUGGCGGUUUCCCGAGCGGAGGCUUCUAUGGUCCGUCAGGCCCUGCAGGUCACGGUUUUGUCAGUGGACCUGGUUUUGCCCCUGGUUAUUACGGAAAUGGCGGCUUCGAUGGUCUCUACGGUAACGGCUUUGGUGAUGCAGGUUAUUACGUUCCAUCAUUCACCGGCUAUGGCCCCAGCUUUGGACCCGCCUAUGGUUUCGGCUUUGGCCCCGUUUACGGUUUCGGUUCCGGCACUGGUUCCAGCUCUGGUUUUGGCCCCGGUUCCAGUUCUAGUUCCAGCUCUGGUUCAGGCUCUGGCUCUGGCUCCGGCUCUGGUUCCAGCUCUGGUUUCGGCCCUGGUUCCAGCUUUGGUUCCGGCUUUGGCUCUGGCUUUGGUGGUAACGGAGGCAACUUCGGCAAUGGCUUCGGAUUUUACGGCCCCUCGUUCAGUUUCGGUUUCCCAGCCGGUGGUUCAUUCGGUGGCCAGCCAGGCUUUGGAGUCGUCUCCGGCAGCAGCCUUGGUAGGCCCGGAUCCUCUCAAUCGCCUGUACGAGGAAGUGCAAGCUCUAGCGCAAGAAGCUCCAGCUCAUCCUCUCCUUCCUCCAGCCAAUAAUUAAUGGACGUCGCCAAACCUAGUCAUCCUAUUAAAACCAGAGUCUUUGGUGGCCUUUUCCCGGUGAUGUAAAAAAAAAACAAACAAUAUAGACAACCUACACUAUCGAUGGACAUUUCACCACCAUGCCAUUAUAAUUACCCAACAAUAAAUAUGACAUUCAAAUUUGC